AUGGGAGGCGUAUUCCUGGUCGGAAUCGCGGGUGCGCUGGGACUCGCGGGCGCGCUGGACCGCAUCCGCGUCGAGGAUGGCGUGCUGAAGGACGCCGCCGGCCGCGCGCGCGUCUUCCACGGCGUCAAUGUCGUCUACAAGGCGCCGCCCUGGCACCCGCGCAUCGACGCGUUCUCGAGCAACGACUCGCUCGUGGAGGAGGACAUGGCGCAGCUCGCGGCCUGGGGCUUCAACGUCGUGCGCUUGGGCGUCAUGUGGCCCGGCGUCGAACCCGAGCGGGGCAGCUACGACCGAACCUACCUCGCGACGAUGCGGGGCAUCGUCGCCCGCCUCGCGGCCCGCGGCAUCUACACCAUCGUCGACUUCCACCAGGACGCGUUCUCGCAGGAGUACUGCGGCGAGGGCUUCCCGGCCUGGACCUGGCUCGCGGAGUUCGGCCGUCUGAUCGGCCAAUGCGCGCCCAUCGCGUCCUACAACUUUACGACGGACCCGGCGACGGGCUUCCCGGACACGGACGAGUGCCUCGCGCGCGACUUCACCAUGUAUAGUCGGGCCCCGGAGGUCACGUCGAGCUGGGGCAAAGUCUUCGCCAACGCGUCCGGCGUCGCCGAAGCGCUCGUCGCGUACUGGGCCGUCGUCGCGGAGACGUUCGCGGGCGUCGAGGGCGUCCUCGGCUACGAUCUGGUGAACGAGCCGCUCAACGGGGACUUCUUCGAGGACGCGACGCUCCUGGAGCCGGGCGCCGCGGACCGGCGCCUCCUCGAGCCGCUGUACGCACGGAUGGCCGCGGCCAUCCGGGCGAGGGACGCCGACGCGAUCCUGUUCUUCGAACCGACGCCGUACCCGUCGAACAUCCCCGUCCUCGGCGGCGUCCACGCCGCCGGCUUCGCGGAGGCGCCGGGCGGCAACGCGGCGCUCUCCUACCACAUCUACUCGUGCGGCUUCGCGGCGACGGACUGCGAUCGGAACGGAGACGUGCCCGGCGUCGACUGCGACGCCUGCGACGCCUUCGCCGAAGCGGCGGGCGCGACGCGGUCGUCGGACGCGCGGAGGCUCGGCGCGGCGGCGUUCCUCACGGAGUUCGGCGCCUGCAGCGGCUCCGCGUCCUGCCUCGCGGAGAUCUCGCGCGUCGCCGACGUCGCCGACGCGCACCUCCACUCCUGGGCCUACUGGCAGUUUGAGUCAGCGUCCCGCGGCCGCGACGGUUUUCGAGCGCUUUUGACCGGGGAACCAUCGUCAGGUUCAAGUACUUCAGAGACGUCACGACGGUCUCCGGCCCCGCGGAGAGCUUCUACGACGCCGACGGCGCUCUCCAGGACGCCAAGGUCGCGGCCCUGCGGCGGACCUACGCUUCGGCCGUCGCCGGCGCGCCGGCGUCGAUGCGCUACGGCGCCGGCGGCGCGUUCCGCCUCCGGUACGCGGCGGCCGGCGGGCUGA